AUGCCGCAUCCCGUCGGACCGGUUCCCCGGGCGCCUGGGUUCCGCGGGGCCGGGGCUGCGGGGCAGCGUCCCCGGCUCCGUCUGCCCCGCAGCCUCACCGCCAUGGAGGCCAGCGAUGGCCUCAUCUCCCCGCUGCGGCCGAAUGGCCUUGGCUCCCUGCUGGAUGAAGAGGAGGAGGAGGAGGAGGGUGAAGGCUUGGCCCUGGACUGUGAGGGGGACCUGGAGGUGAACCCAUAUGAUGGGCUGCCGUUUUCCUCCCGCUACUAUGAGCUGUUGCAGCGGCGGCGAGACCUGCCUGUUUGGGCCACCAAGUACAGCUUCAUGGAGCACCUGGAGAGCAGCAGCGGCAUCGUCCUGGUGUCUGGGGGGCCCGGGACCGGCAAGAGCACCCAGAUCCCCCAGUGGUGUGCGGAGUACGCCCUCUCCCAGCAGUUCACACAUGGCCUGGUGGCCUGUAGCCAGCCCCACGGUCUGGCUGCCCUCAGCCUCUCGCUGUGCGUGGCUGACGAGAUGGACCUGAACCUGGGCCACGAGGUUGGCUACUGCGUCCCCCACGAGGACUGCUGCACCCCAGAGACCCUGCUCAGAUUCUGCUCGGAUGAGAUGCUGCUGCGAGAGAUGAUGUCGGACCCUCUGCUGCGCCAGUACGGGGUCGUUGUGCUGGACGAGGUGCAGGAGCGCACGGUGCCCACAGACGUGCUGCUCGGGCUGCUGAAGGAUGUGCUGCGCCAGCGCCCGGAGCUCAAGGUGGUGGUGGUGACAGUGCCGGCCCUGGAGGAGCGGCUGCGGGCCUUCUGCGGGGACCCUCCCGUGGUGCGGGUACCCGGACCCAGCCCGCCCGGCCAGCUGGUGUACAGGGAUCCACCGGCUCGGGGCCACAUCUCGGCCGCGUGCCAGGCGGUGUUGGACAUUCACCGGCACCAGGAACCCGGCGAUGUGCUGCUCUUCCUGGCCAGUGAGCAGGAGAUCAGUGAGUGCUGCGAGGCCAUCCGCACCGAGGCUGUGGCCCUAAACCCCGGGCUGGGGCCGCUGCUGGCCCUACCUCUGCACCCGGGGGUGGGGCGGGCAGCCCAGAAGGUCUAUGAGGUGCCGGAGCAGUGCAGCAGGCCCCAGGGCCGGCGUGUGAUCGUCACCCACUGGCUCGCGGAUUCGUCCUUCUCCCUGGGGACUGUGCGCUAUGUCAUCGACACGGGGCUGGAGCUGCGCAGCGUUUACAAUCCCCGGAUCCGCGCAGAGUCCCAGGUGCUGCGGCCCAUCAGCAAGAGCCAGGCAGAGUCACGGAGGCAGCGGGCCGCAGGCAGCCCCCCAGGCACCUGUCUGCGCCUCUACUCCGAAGCCUUCUACGAGCAGUUCCUCCCGGCCGCCCCCGCCCCCCACGUGAGCGAGGCCAACCUGAGCCGUCUGGUGCUGCUGCUCAAGAGACUCGACAUUGCUGACAUGGGCCAGUGCGACUUUCUCGACCGGCCAGCCCCCGAGUCGCUGAUGCAGGCCCUGGAGGACCUGGAUUACCUGGCCGCGCUGGAUGAUGAUGGGAACCUCUCGGAAGUGGGGAUCAUCAUGUCGGAGUUCCCCCUGGACCCCCAGCUGGCCAAGGCGCUCAUCGCCUCCUGCGAGUUCGACUGCGUCCACGAGAUGCUCACCAUGGCCGCCAUGCUCACGGCCUCGCCUUGCUUCGUGACCCCGGUGGCACGCUCCGAGGAGGCUGCGGCCGUGCGCCGGCGGGCCCUGCUGCACCCCGACGGGGACCACUUCACCCUCAUCAAUGUCUUCAAUGCCUUCCAGCAGCACGAGCUGGAUGAGGGCUGGUGCCGGCAGCACGGGGUGAGCGGCGCAGGGCUGCGGUUGGCGGGCGUCGUGCGGGCCGAGCUGCUGGAGGUGAUGCAGCGAAUCGAGCUGCCCGUCUCUCCCCCCGCCUUCGGCACGGACGACAACGUGCUCAACCUCAAGAGGGCGCUCAUCUCUGGCUACUUCCUCAAGGUGGCCCGGGACAUCGACGGCUCCGGGAACUACCUGAUGCUGACGCACAAGCAUGUGGCCCACCUGCCCCCCCACUGCUGCUACGUGGUCCGGAGGCCCCUGCCCCGCCCACCCCCCUGGGUCCUGUACCACGAGUUCACCAUCUCGCAGGACAACUGUCUCAGCGUGGUCUCUGAGAUCCAGCCCCAGAUGCUGGUAGAGCUGGCACCCCAGUACUACCUGAGUAACCUGCCGCCCAGCGAGAGCCGCGACCUGCUCAUGGAGCUGAGGGAGACGGUGCUGGGUGCUGCGGAGCCACUGGGCCGGCUGGAGCCAGCGCUGGACGGAGCAGGGGGUGUGGAGGGGGAGGACAAGGACAAGGAUGUGUGCGCACUCCAGUGA